CAUAAAUUCAAAUAUGCAAUCUCUAUUUGUAAAGUGUCAGAAAUGUUAACAAAGACCAGCUACUAUCAAAUGUUCUUAAUGUCGAUAUGGUUAAACUUAUAGAUUAUGUUAUUCCUGUGAUUCGUAAAUUCAUAAUCGCACAGGUCCUAUCGAUUAAUAACAUAAAACUGAAAUCAUUCCUUAUUAGGGUACACUUAUUCGCUUAAAAUAUAGAAAUGUAUCAAAAAACUUAGAAUUUUGUUCCUGCUCCUGUUAAGCUAGAACAAUCAAAUUAAAUUAAAAAGAAUGAAUUUAAAGCUUAACCGCCAACUAAAGAAUAUUUAGCAAGUGAAACAAGAAAACCUGAUUAUUCUAAAACUAUUGAUGUUAAUAGAAAACCAGAAUAUCCUGAUAGGAAAUAUGAUUAUUUAGAAAAAAAACUCGAUAGCCAUGAUAAAAGAUAUGAUUAGCAAUACUCAGGUUUUGAUAAAAAAUAGUAUACUUCUAAUCAAAAGCCUUAGGAAUUAGAUAGAGGAAGCUAAUCUAUUAUUAAUUAAUUAAAGGAUGAAUAGUAAUAAACUGAAAGAUUAAAAGCUGAAUUGAAUAUGGCUAGAGAUAAAGAAAAAGAGUUUUAAAAGCGAUUGUAAAUUAAAAUUCUUAUUUCAAUAGAUCUAAAUUAGAAUAGGAUUAUGAAUCUAAACAGAGAGAAGAUAAACAAAAAAUCUAAUAAUUAUAAGAUGAAAAUAAAAAUUUAAAUUAAAAACUCAACUAAUCUAAUAGGCAUUUACAAGAUGAAAUCAAUAAAGUUCGACAAUAAUAUGAAUCUUAACUUAAUGAACUAGAAUAAGCUUAUAAUGAAAAAGAGUAAUAGUUGGAAUAAAUAACACAGGAAUUUAAUUUUGUAAAUUAUUUUAAAAUUUAUAUCUUAGGAAGAAAUAUAAAAAAAAAUCGAAGAAUUAUAAUAAGAGUCAGAUAUGAAAGACUAAAUUAUUGAGUAAUAUCAAUAGUAACUUUAAGAUAUGUAAGAAGCAAUUCAAUAAAUUCAAGAAGAAUAAGCAAACAAUAGUCGUAAUACAAAAAAUCAAUUCUCUUCAAAUAAGAAAUUAUCAAAAAGUUAAGAUAAUGAUAAAGAUCAAAUGAUUUAGAAUUUAUAACAGUAACUUGAAGUUAAAGAUGAGGAUUGUAGAAGAUUAGAAGGUAUUUUACAUGAAUAUAUUUAAUUGUAGAAUUGAUUGAGAAUUUUAAGCCAUUAUAUUAAAAUUUAAGUGAUGAGAAAUAACAAUUAUAAGAGGAAGUUGAUAAAUUAGCUAAUGAAAAUAAUCAAUUCAGAGAAAUCUUUAGUGUAAUUUAUUCCAAAAAUUUAGUAAAACUUGCAUUUAUUCGGGAUUGAUCCAGAACAACUAAAUGAAGAUGGUGAGGACGGAGAAGGUGAAUAUCCUGAAGAAAUAGCAGAGGAAAAUGAUGAUCAAAAUGAUUGA